AUGUCUAAGCAAAAGCUUGUCGGGGAGCGAGGGGAAGAAGGGAGUUGCUCCGAGCAAAUGAUUAUUUCCAAUGGAGACCACCGCUUGCGAUCACCUGGUGAGAGUGCUGUCGUGAUGGGAGAAAACAACAAACAAAUUCACGUUGAGUGCAGCAAACUGCCCACACCGCCCGGCACAACAACAGCAGCAACACAUCCUCCUAUUCGUCGUUCGAGCUCCGCACAAGGUCACCCAACCGAAAACAGUCGACCGUUCGCGAGAAACCUUGUGGAGCCAGGUCGGGUCUGUCUCUGCAUCACCGCCCACCCACAAGCUCACCUCUGCGAUCGCGUCACCACGAUGAGGAGAUUGCUGGAGAUGACUUCGAUCAUUCUGCUUGUGCUCUUCACGUUGUUGGAUAUCUCCGCAGUUAAUGUAUGUCUGGACACGACGGACGCCGACAGAUGUGAAAUUGAUGCUGAUGGACAACUGGACCUGUAUUCCUGCGGCAUAACAGAUGCCGAUUUUGACGAUCUGGCGUCGUGCUUGGAAGAUGCCGGGCCUGAAGCAAUCACAUAUCUGUCCCUGAGCCAAAACGAGCUCACCACGCUGCCUGAGGGAAUCUUCGGGGGUCUCACGGCCUUGGAAGCACUGUCCCUGAGCCAAAACGAGCUCACCACGCUGCCUGAGGGAAUCUUCGGGGGUCUUACGGCCUUGGAAUACCUGUAAGUAGCUGUUGGACAAGGUUGUCGGUAGAAUGUUUUUCCGCAUGGGGCUAGCUUGCGAUGGAAAGCUACGAGAUCGCAGACAAAUCGUCCCCAUGACCCAUUCAACCCCGACUAGCGCGGCGGCAAGCAGUUGGUAGGAAGUUCGGUGUAGAACAGGUCGGGGGUGUCUGAAUUCACCUCCAGCCCGUUGCUGGAAACGUGAGCACCAAGGAUCGUGCUACGUAUCGGGAUCAGUUGUCGCUUCCUGGCAUUCGCCGUAGAGCCUCUACGUGAUGGUGCUCUGUUGGCCUCAUAUCCUAGCCUCUUGUCCGGCUCGCGGUGUACUCAAUCUAACCCUGGAACGGGUUCCCGCUGCCAACUCGUCGCCUUCGUUGUAGCCGGAAGUAGGCAUGAUUGUUGUGAUUGUACCCAGGCCAUCGCGAUCAGCAUGUGCGGCAGCAAGCACUGAUUCCCGGCUCAUGUGUGUUAUCUGCUCCGCUCGUGGCCUUCCCUCGACACUCGAAGGUACCUGCACCAGAACGAGCUCACCACGUUGCCUGAGGGAAUCUUCGGGAAUCUUACGGCCUUGGAACACCUGUAAGUAGCUGUUUGACAAGGUUGUCGGUAGAAUGUUUUUCCGCAUGGGGCUAGCUUGCGAUGGAGAACUACGAGAUCGCAGACCAAUCGUCCCCAUGACCCAUUCAAUCCCGACUAGCGCGGCGGCAAGCAGCUGGUAGGAAGUUCGGUGUAGAAUAGGUCGGGGGUGUCUGAAACCACCUCCAGCCCGUUGCUGGAAACGUGAGCACCAAGGAUCGUGCAACGUAUUGGGAUCAGUUGUCGCUUCCUGGCAUUCGCCGUAGAGCCUCUACGUGAUGGUAUUCUGUUGGCCUCAUGUCCUAUCUCUUGUCCGGUUCACGGUGUAUCAAUCUAACCCUGGAACGUGUUCCCGCUGCCAACUCGUCGCCUUCGUUGNUUUCCUGUACUGAACGGUCUACAGUACUCACAUCUUUUACGGCAUUCUGUAGCUUUCGUGUGUCUAUAUUCCGUUCGUAAUUGGGAGCUUCAACGUGCUGCGAUCAUUUGCGUAGGUAAUUCAUUCGUGGUCCACAUGAUACUUCGCCGGGGCACUACAUCGACUAUAUGUUGAUCCUCGUCGUUUCAGCUUACGGCGUACGUGCACACUAUGCACUAAGGCUUGCCUGCUCUCGGCAUGAGAUCACAGCCAUACUAGUGUAAUGUCCUUAUCUGCUUCAACCUGCCGGUUCUCUGGUAGAUCCUUUCCUGCUAACGAGAACAUGUGCAAAGCGAGGAGUUGUGGUUGUAUUUCGCGCUUGUCUGCAGCGGGCAAUAAUACUAGUUUCCCGACAUGGCACACUUUUGGGGUGCCCCUCUUUACAGUAUAUCUCCUAUAUCUCAAGCCCGUCCGGUUUUACUGAAAGUUAUCCCUUUCACUCGCGAGAUUAUCAUGCUAACCUUGUUGUUCCUUCCCCAACGUAUGAUCCGUUGCAUCUGCCGCUCUCGUCCGGUCAUGCGCCGGUAUAUCUCGUUGUGGACCUGAAUUUUAGGCACCUGGAGGGGAAUUCUCUGGAGUGCUUGCCCUCAAAUGAACUGUGAGCAACGGUUUGUAAUACAUAUGAAGAGAAGAAUAUGGACCCUAUCGCGUAAUGGCGGAUCCGGCCAGCAUCACGUAGAUACCGAGCACACCUGUUAUUCGCUGCUUGUUGCAUUGAUAUCCCGGUCGGCCCGGUGGUCCAGUUAGUACCCUCUAAACCUUCUGGAGGUCAGGUCAAGGCUUCAGAUCCCGGCGUAAUCGAUCUUUUCUUGUAAAGUGAGUUUUUCUCUUGCUUGCGCUCCUGCCCUGGUGGAUAGCGCUACUGUAGUUCGUCGUGUGUACACAGAGGGAAGAAUGCUGAACUCUCCUUAUUCGGUUCGACUGUCUGUAUCGCGAGACCUGUGUGACCUCUUUUGCGCACUCCGCAGGGUGGAAGUUGAUGAUGAUGCCUCGGAGAAAGCAGCCGGGCUCCACGUUGAUGCAUACGGUAACGAAUGUGGAAUAGCUAAUCUGGGGAAAUCUAGCAACUCGUCUAGCUCCUAGCUACAGCAUCCGAUGACGAUUGAUGUGAACGGAAUGCAUGGUAUAGCAUGGGUCUGCACAUUGUUCAGUUGCGGCCAUCGCUUGAAGCCACGACGAUAUGAUCGAAAGGAGCUGCAGUGUUUAUUGAGCUCAAACCUGGCUGUUCCGUACUACCUGACGGCUCUUACUCGGUGAAACUGCAUCUCCAAACCUCUUCGCGAGACUGAUCUUGAAGGUAACUACCAUCGGGCGAGGGAUGGAUG